CCUCCUCCUCCUCCUCCUCCUCCUCCAUCACCACCUCCCCAACCUUGUGUCUUUCUUCCCUCUAUCAAAGCAGGGCUCCUUUCCCUCGGAUUUUAGAGAGAGGCAGUAGAGAGAGAGCGCAUGAAUGCAGAGAGGUCGAGUGAAUUUCCCUUUCUUGAACGCUAGUGUUUUGUUCGGAGCUCGAGCUUACUGUUGAAACUGAGAGGAUUUUUUUUUCGGUUCCCGCCAAUAAUUUCUGGGGAUUUUGCCUUUUUGCUUUUUCUGGGUUUCCCAUCGUCGUUUCGUGACGUUGAGAGCUUGGUAAUCGUCGUGAGUUAUAAAAAGAUUGUCUGCCUUGGGCCGGGGCCUUUUGUUAAAGACGGAGAAGGGACUCUUAGAACUGGCACAUAUUGGAAAUUGCAGCCUUUGGAUGACGUAUUCUCCAUAGUAGCUUGGAAGCUUGUCCACUAAUCAAGGAGUCGUGUGGAUUCUUUCUGAAAUAUAGACUCUGCCUUCCAUUUGGUGCUCGCCAUGGGAAACAGUGAGGAAGGGAAGUCUGCUAAAGUUGAAAAGCCCUCUUCACCAGUGACAACGGAUCAGGCCAACCAGAUCAACCCGACCAAUAUUCAUCUGUAUCCUGACUGGGCUGCCAUGCAGGCAUAUUAUGGGCCAAGGGUCACCAUGCCACCAUACUAUAACUCAGCCAUGGCUCCUGCUCAUGCUCCUCACCCUUACAUGUGGCCACCACAGCCUAUGAUGCCGCCUUAUGGGGCGCCUUAUGCAGCAAUAUACUCUCAUGGAGGUGUUUAUCCUCACCCUGCAGUUCCUAUUGGGCCACAAUCACAUGGUCAAGGAAUUCCAUCUCCCCCUGCUGCUGGAACUCCUUUAAGCGUGGAGACACCAACCAAAUCAACCGGAAAUACUGACCAAGGCUUAAUGAAGAAAUUGAAAGAGUUUGAUGGACUUGCAAUGUCUAUUGGCAAUGGCAAUGCUGAGAGUGCUGAGCGAGGUGUUGAAAAUAGGCUAUCACAGAGCGAGGAUACUGAAGGUUCAAGUGAUGGAAGUGAUGGCAACACUGCUGGGGCUAAUCAAACAAGAAGGAAAAGAAGCCGAGAGGGAACACCAACCACUGCAGGUGGAGAUGAGAAGGCUGAGAUACAGGCCACUCUACUUCCCAAAGAGACUGCGGUUUCCAAUAAGUCGAUGGCAAUUGUACCUGCCAGUGUUGCAGGAAAAAUUGCUGGACCUGUAGUUUCCUCAAGUAUGACCACUGCUCUGGAGUUAAGAAACCCUCAGACUGUUCAUUCUAAACCAAAUCUCACAAACGUUGCCCAAUCUGGUGCAGUGAUUCCUUCUGAAGCUUGGUUACAGAAUGAACGAGAGCUGAAGCGAGAGAGGAGGAAACAGUCAAAUCGAGAAUCUGCUAGAAGGUCCAGGUUAAGAAAGCAGGCUGAGACUGAAGAGCUUGCCCGAAAAGUUGAAUCCUUGAAUACUGAGAAUGUGACUCUGAAAUCAGAAAUUAACCGUUUGAGUGAAAAUUCUGAGAAACUGAGGGCUGAAAAUGCUGCAUUAAUGGAAAAACUGAAAAAUGUGCAACAAGGGCAGACGGAAGAAAUAGUUUUGAACAGCAUUGACAGCAAGAGGGCUGCGCCGAUAAGCACAGAAAACUUGUUAUCUAGAGUUAAUAAUUCCAGUUCUAAUGAUAGAACUACAGAGGAAGACAAUGAUUUUUGUGAUGACAAACAGAACUCCAGUGCGAAGCUGCAUCAACUACUCGAUACGAGUCCUAGGGCUGAUGCUGUGGCAGCUGGCUAACAGGAAACCAGCAACCGUACUGGCUGAUCGUGUAGUUUUGGCAUAUUAUGGGCCCAAAAUUACUAUUGCUAACAGUAUUCUGAGGGGUGGAACGGCUAAAUUUUAGGAUCUCAGUCCAUCAAGAUCAGAACUAAUCCAUUUGCUUAUCAAUUCCUUAGGAUGAAAAGACUGUUAUUUUAUUAGAUUUGACGAGCCGUGGAUGGCAUCCUUGAAAGUUUGUAAAUUGUGGGGAAUUAGAGGUUUUAGUUUAGAGGGUGUUUUUGAGUUAGUAAAUAGUUGGUUGUGUGCUAAUGAUUGGGGCGAACCUUCUAACGGUAUUUGAAGAAAGUUAAUCUGACUAUCAUCUUUUGCAAGUGAAAUUUAUGCGUACGAUUUGAUA